AGACGACCGAUCGAGCUUCUACGCAAAAUGACGCCUGUGGCUCGUCCACGUCGCCUCGUUCUCGUCUCUACGAAAUCGUAUCCUGACACCACCCACCCAAAUCCAUAGAAGAACAGAAAAGGACACGGUAAAAAGGAGGAAGGGACGGAGCGCGAGAGAGAAGCCCUGCGACAAGAAGCGCGCUACGGAAAGAUGUGAUCUUUCGUGAUAGUUUACUGAUGGUGAAUGCUAAGAUCUGUCGGUCCUCUUCGUGCAUCGUCUUGAUUUCUUUUAGCCAAAAAUGCGGGUGGAGGGAUCGUAGUUUCUCGGCAGUCGGAGUGCUAGAUUUCUUUCUACACGCAUGUUCUUCGAUCUGGUGAUUCUUUCUCUAAUGUUUUCCUUCGAGAUUCGAAGCAAAAUCUUUGGAAAGAUUUGUCUUUUCCGUUUCGAAUGCGUAGAUCGAAGAAUUGUAAUGGUGAAGAAGAGGUUAAGAAAAAUGAUCCUGAUCCUUCUCUAGUUGAAUCCUUCUCUGGCGCUCAAAAAGGAGGAAUUUUGAGGAGACUUUAUUGCGGUUGUUGUUAUUCGUAGCACAAAAUCUGUUGGUGUUCUCUUGGUCAGCGGGUUGGCGUUCGCCGCAAUCGCCAUGUGCUGCUGCGCCGCUUAGCUUUUCCUCCUCUCGUUCGGUGCCCAUUUCGACCUACAUUUUACGUUUCCUUCCGCCCGAGUCGAGGUGCCACGAUGGCGAGUUGGGAGCAACUGGGGGAGCUCUCGACGGUGGCGCAGCUGACGGGCCUCGACGCCGGCCGCCUCAUCGGGCUGAUCGUGCAGGCGGCGACCACCGCGCGGAUGCACAGGAAGAACUGCCGCCAGUUCGCGCAGCACCUGAAGCUGAUCGGCAAUCUUUUGGAGCAGCUUAAGAUCUCGGAGCUCAAGAAGUACCCUGAGACGAGGGAGCCCCUGGAGCAGCUCGAGGACGCCCUCCGGCGCUCCUACAUUCUCGUGGAUAGCUGUCAGAACAGGAGUUAUUUGUACCUUCUGGCCAUGGGAUGGAACAUCGUCUACCAGUUCAGAAGGGCUCAGAAUGAGAUCGAUCGAUAUCUUCGACUCGUUCCGCUCAUCACUCUCGUCGACAAUGCUCGGGUCAGAGAGAGGCUAGAUUCCAUUGCAAGGGAUGAGCGGGAGUAUACUUUGGAUGAAGAAGACAGAAAGGUGCAAGAUGCUAUUUUGGAUCGUGAUCCAUCUACAAACCAUACCACAGUUCUCGAGAAGUCACUGUCUUGUUCUUAUCCAAACAUGCCAUUUGAUGAGGCCCUUAAGAAAGAAAGACAAAAGCUCCAAAUGGAACUUCAAAGAUCACAAGUAAGCAUGGAUAUUGGUCAGUGUGAGGUGAUCCAGCAUUUGAUUGGAGUGACACACAAUGUGGCUACCACUUUAGAAGAAAAAAGUACACAUCUCAAAAGUCCAAAGAAAGUUGAGCUAAGUUAUUCUGGUGACAAUAGUUACAAAGAACAUACUUUUGAUGAGAACUAUCAUGAGCAAGUUACAAAAUCAACUAUUAGAACCGGUUCACCACAUUCAUCGGGUCAUGAUAUGAUUUCACACAGAGGACAUCACGGGCAUGAAGAGUGGCAUUCAGACUUGCUUGGAUGUUGUUCAGAGCCUUCAUUAUCUUCAGCGGAAGCAUGUAAUGACUUGAUGGCAUAUUCAUUAGUAUUGUCAUGCUGUUGUUACACCUGCUGUGUUAGAAGGAAGCUUCGAAACAUGUUCAACAUUACGGGAGGGCUUUGUGAUGAUUUCUUGUCACAUCUACUGUGCUGUUGUUGUGCACUAGUUCAAGAAUGGCGCGAGGUGGAGAUUCGUGGGGUUAAAGGCACUUGGAAGACGCAAACCAAUCCACCAGCUUCUCAGUACAUGGAAUUCUAAGCGUCAGCUUGGAGGAGAUUUGUUGCUGUGUAGAUGUAUCUAUCUAAUUGACUGCAACAGAGGUAGCAGUAGAUUGUUGCUGUAUUCCAUGCAUUAGGAUUUGUGACCUUCAAACUAUGGAAAUAGUAGGCAAUAUAUUUAUUAUAACAAAGUUGCUAUCA